CGUACCGAAGCAUCUCUCUAUCUGAUCUUCAUUCUAUGCCGUCAUACCUCCCGACACUGAUCUACUGCAACACUUACGCCUCCCCCAUUGCGAGAUAUCCGAGAUACCCAUCCUCACAGCUAUUUUUUUUCCCUCGCUUCAUCACCACUACCCUCGUUCCUCCAAAAGACUCUUGAUGAGUUAUUAGCCUCUCUACUGCUUCUUGUUCAGUAUGAGGUGACCCUGUCGUUCAUUUCGCUUCAGUCAUGGAAGCAUUCCCUCGCCUGGCCCUCAAUGGCCUGCGCCCUGUCCGUCCGACCAACCUAUCCUCCUCCUACCGCUUCUCUAAGACCUUGAACCCCUCAUUAAAGCCCACGAGACCUUUGUCUAUUGCCAGGUUAGCUACGAGACCUUUAUCUACCAUCAGGUUAGCUCGUGGUUCUCCAAACCGCCUUGGAUACCUCGCUAGCCCGACAGUCUGGCGUCAAGUUCGAGCUCCAGCGGGUACCACACGCUUCAUUUCCACCAAACACCUACCAAACCACCAUGGCCCUUUCGCACGCUUCAUGUACAGGGUUUUCGCCUGGACUGGUGUCUUCAUUGUCUUCUCGGGUAGUUUGGUCCUGGCAUUCUUCAUCUACGAUGCUUCGACCUAUUCAGAAGCGCCGGAGAGAAUGGGCGACAUCCCGGUGAACGAGAAAGCUUUGUUUCCGAGAAGAGGUGGACCCAAGAAUCUACCCAUCGCAGAGAUAUUGAUCGAUGAUGAGGAUUGCGAUCCUAUGAAAGAACAGAAAGAAAAGCCCAAGUUGGUCAUCCUGGGAACUGGUUGGGGCAGUGUUGCCAUGUUGAAAGAGCUCAACCCAGGAGACUACCAUGUCACUGUGGUGUCGCCAACCAAUUACUUCCUCUUCACGCCGAUGCUGCCCUCUGCCACUGUUGGAACCCUGGAAUUCCGCUCCCUCACCGAGCCCAUUCGCAGAAUCGUCAACCGUGUGAGAGGGCACUUUCUCCGAGCCGAAGCUGUCGACGUAGAGUUCACGGAAAAGUUGGUCGAGGUCAAGGCCAUCGAUGAUCGAGGAAAAGAGCAAAGCUUCUACCUGCCGUAUGACAAGUUGAUCAUCGGGGUAGGCGCGACCACAAAUCCGCAUGGCGUCAAGGGUUUGGAGAAUGUCAAUUUUCUAAAAUCCAUUGAAGACGCCCGCCUCAUCAAGCAGAAAGUAUUGCGAAAUCUGGAACUGGCUUGUCUUCCCACUACAACUGACGAAGAGAGACGAAGGUUACUUUCGUUCGUCGUCAGUGGUGGUGGACCGACCGGAGUCGAGUUCGCCGCUGAAUUGUACGACAUGUUGAACGAGGAUCUACUGAGCUCAUUCCCCAGAAUCCUGCGAAAUGAAAUCUCGGUGCACAUUAUCCAGUCCCGAGGACAUAUUCUCAACACUUACGAUGAAGCAUUGUCGGUGUAUGCUGAGAAAAGGUUCGAACACGAUCAAGUCGAGGUUUUGACAAAUGCCCGGGUCAAGGAGGUCGAGCCAGACAAGAUCAUCUUUACUCAAAUGGAAAAUGGAAAAUCUGUUACCAAGGAACUUCCUAUGGGUUUCUGUUUGUGGUCCACCGGUGUUGCUCAGACGAAUCUUAGCAAGAAGAUCGCCGCGAAAUUAGGAGAUUUCCAAACCAACAGACAUGCUUUAGAAACUGACACCCACUUGAGAUUACUUGGUGCACCACUCGGCGACAUCUAUGCCAUUGGAGAUUGCGCCACCGUCCAGAACAACCUCGCUGAUCACAUUACGACUUUUUUGAGAGGUAUUGCUUUUGAGAAGGGCAAGGACCCAGACAAAGUGCAUCUGACCUUCCAGGAAUGGCGCGACGUGGCACACAAGAUCCGCAAACGAUUCCCACAAGCUGCAGCCCACCUGAAACGCGUGGACAGACUGUUCGAAGAAUAUGACAAGGACAAAUCCGGCACUCUCGACUUUGGAGAACUGCACGAGCUCUUGGUUCAGAUUGACAACAAAUUGACCUCGUUGCCGGCGACGGCGCAAAGGGCGAAUCAGCAGGGUCAGUACCUCGGCCGAAAAUUCAACAAGAUCGCCGCCGCCAUUCCGGGCUUCAAGGCGAACGAAGUUGAUUUUGGCGAUCUCGACGAGGCCGUGUACAAGGCAUUUGAGUAUCACCAUCUCGGUAGUCUAGCGUACAUUGGGAACGCGGCCAUUUUCGAUUUCAACGGACUCAACUUUAGCGGUGGACUGAUGGCAGUGUAUCUCUGGAGAAGUAUUUACUUUGCAGAGAGUGUGAGCAUCAGGACGAGGUUGCUUCUUGCCAUGGAUUGGACGAAGCGGGCACUUUUUGGAAGAGAUUUGAUGAGUACAUGAGGACAUGAGAGUUGAAGCAGAGCUUGCAAACGACCCCCCAGAAAAGGUCCGAGAUGCUAUGCAAAUGAUGCUGUCGUCGACCCAUGCUUGGAUAGAAGGAACAAAACGUCAUCGUCAGUUGUUUCGUGCCGGAUCAUAUCUGGUGGCUAAAUCAACAUCGGUCAGCGGCUUGCUUACACUUGCCCUCGCCGCCUCUCUAGUUUGAUGGUCGCAAUGGAGUGGCAGUCAUGACCAUAACCUGGUGGCAGACGUGUGUUUUUUCCCCUCCCCAGAGUUAGACGAGAGGACCGAGCGGGUUUUCCCCCUUUUCUUCUUCCUUGCUUUAAAGCGAUACAGUAUGUCCAAGUCAACACAAAAGGGGUCGUUGAUGGGCACUCGGAAGGUCGAAGAGGAUACACAUGCGUGUGUGUUAGGUAUACAUAUGUUCAUUCCGAGUUACAACGUCUUGUCUCUUUGAGCUUGCUUGUUUAUGAACUAGAUUUGAUGGUUUUGUGUCUUUUAUUCUGAUCUAGCGAGAAGAGGGGUGGAAAACAAAUACACGGUCGGAGGAAUGGGCUUGGAAUCCUUUCUUGAGUCUUUGUCUGUGAAAUUUUGAUGAUUGUAGCCUUUCUUUUCGGUAUGGAAGUCAUUUUGUCCGCGCGUGUGUGAUUCUUUUCUAUGGGUAGUACAGUACGUGCGUCUGCACCUUCAAGUCACAAUUUCGUGGUUUUCUCUUUCCA